UUUUUCAUCAUCAUUAUGCAAUACCCGGCCGUAUAAAAAGGCCACUUUUUCCUAAUAGAUUCAGUCUGGGGUUCACAGGCAGAACUACUACUACUCUUCUAACCAGGUCUAGGAAUUACAAAAUGACCGCACUGGUUAGGUUUAUGCCCUUCUUGCUGCUAGCAGUUGCUGUAGAGGGAAGAAUGUAUAGAAAGAACGGACAUAUUUAUAAAACAACAUGGAAUCAAGCAGUUCUCAAUCAGAUAACAGAAGAUGGUCCUAUAUGCUGUGCAGGCCUCUGCAAUAUGAAGAAGGAACACUGCAACUCUUUUCAUUACAACACAACUUCAAACAUCUGCUCUUUGGCAAAUUUGACCAAACUUGAAGAUGUGAUUAUUGCUGAAAAUGGUAUUGAUGUCUUCAUGGAUCUGGAAUUCCUGAAACACCUGGUGUCUGAGUGCCCUGCAGAUAAGCCAUACCCAUUUGACAAUCGGAGCAAAUGUUGUGAGGAGAACCUAGAGGAAAACUAUUCAUCCAAGUUUCCCGGAGUACUAACUCAAAAAAGCAAAUCUUGCAGUGGAACCAGUGUGGCAUGUAUAUCAGGAAUAUGCAGAAGGAGCAAAACUGUUGAAACAGUUAACCCAUUUCAUGUUUUGGACUUUGAUUUGAUUGGUGACAACGUUAUUGAAGUUUCCCGUACUUCAAAAUCUAGUGCUGAUGAAUGCCGCAUAGAGUGCGACAAAGCUGGAAAUUGCGAGACAUCAGAUAAGAUCCCAGCAGGGGGCUAUGCAGAAAACAAGCUAGAACCAGACUAAAAAUAUUUCUAAUUGAGAUAUCCUAUUUUCCCACAAGUUUAAGUUUGGGUUUAUGGGAGAGAGUGUCCUAAGAAAGACAGGAAGAAGAAUUUGUUUCUAUCUUCCUGUCUUUCUUUAUAUCUUUUUAUCUAUGUCAUGGAUUUAUGAUCUUGAACCAGAUGUUAAAGUUUCAGACACCUCCCCUUUCUAUGAAAAAACUGUCUUCUCCCCCAUGUCUUUUAGCUGUUAGAGGAUCUUAGCAUGUUUGGUCAAAUUUUCAGUCAAAAUUAGCGAGAUCUAGUUUAAGCUGUUUUGAUUGCGACUUAUUU